AGGCCACAGGCAUUGAGGGAUAUCUAAAUAUAGGAUUUUAAUGUUCAUAGAUUAGACCUGUAUGUAAACAACUGUCAUACGAUAAGUAUAUGAUAUCAUUACGGUGCAUGCACGUAUGGAGGCGUCCUCUGAAGUAAACUCUGACUUGGCCAGAGAGAGAAGCAGGGCCACUUUUGACAAGGAAAACCUGACCAACUUUCUUUAUGGAGGACCCGCGGCUGUUCGGAAGAAACGGUAUCUUGAAAACAUCAUCAAACAAGACCCAGUUCUACAGAGAGGGCGACGAUGGGCAUUCCAGUCCCGAGAGGAACGCGCCGACACAGGUGUGUGGAAACACCUGUAUGUGGACAAACUACAGGCGGAUCUAGGAGUGACUGAUGUCAAGGAGCGGGCGUACCUCCGAGAUGCGGCAGCUGCACACGAAGGAUAUGUACUGGGUCUCCACUUCGGUAUGAUCAUUCCAACAAUCAAAAACCAAGCCUCCGAAGAACAGCAGAAGAAAUGGUUACCGAUGGCAGAGAGCAUGCGCAUGAUUGCCACGUAUGCUCAAACAGAGUUGGGACAUGGAACGUUUAUACGAGGUUUGGAGACCACCGCUACUUAUGACCCGAAAACGGAAGAAUUCAUCUUGAAUACCCCAACAUUGUCAGCCAUUAAGUACUGGCCUGGUGGAUUGGGUAAAACCGUUAACCAUUGUGUGCUAAUGGCCCAGCUGUUUACUGAGGGGGUCAGUCGUGGAAUCCAUAUGUUCAUGGUUCAAGUCAGAGACUUGGAUUCCCACCUACCUUUACCAGGUAUAGAAAUAGGAGAUAUAGGACCCAAGUUUGGAUUUGAAGAAAUGGACAAUGGCUACUUAAAAAUAGACAACGUUCGCAUUCCUAGAGAGAAUAUGCUCAUGAAAUACUCAAAGGUCUUAAAAGACGGAACUUACCAACAACCUCCCAGUGAUAAGCUAGCGUACGGUUCAAUGGUGCUCUUGCGGUGCAGUAUUACUGCUAGUGUGGCCAAAUGCCUUGCUGAGGCAUGUGUGAUAUCCAUCCGGUACAGCGCCGUGCGGCGGCAAACAGAGAUUAGCCCAGGAGGUGAAGAGGCCCAGAUCCUUGACUAUCAAACUCAACAAUACCAUCUCUUUCCCCUGCUGGCAACCUCCUUUGCAAUGCAAUUUGCGGGCAACUUCAUAGACGACUUCUACAGGGAGAAAUAUCCGGACAUUGCAAAGGGACGAUUUGAUUUUUUGCCGCAACUUCACGCAAUGAGCGCUGGUCUGAAGGCGUUUAGUGCUUGGACGUGUUCGGCCGGCGUGGAGACCUGUCGUCAGUGUUGUGGGGGACACGGAUACUCCCACGCUAGUGGACUACCCAAAAUCUACGUAGACUGCACCCCUGCCUGUACAUACGAGGGGGAAAACAUGGUUCUCAUGCUUCAAGUAGCCAGGUUCCUUAUGAAGGAGUAUAGCAAACUGAUGAACGGUCAACCGUUGUCGAGUGUCGUACAGUUUCUGAAGUGCGACUUAACAAAGAAAUCUUGCAUGACAGAAGAGGUGGCUUUAAAAUGUCUUGUUCUGGCGUAUCAACACAGGGUUACAAGAUUAGUGGCAGAUGCUGCAAACUGCAUUCAAGACAUAAUAGGUGAAGGCAAAAGUCAACAAGAGGCCUGGAAUUCUUGUACUGUUCGGCUAUUUUGGGCUGCUAGAGCCUUUUGCCAUGCAUUUGUUGUUGAGAACUUUGUGAACACCGUUUCUGAGAAACAUUUAGAUGAGAAAACUAGAGAGGUUUUGACUUCAUUGUGUCGGCUCUAUGGAGUCCAUGGCAUCAUCACAAACCUUGGGGAAUUUAUACAGGAUGAUUUUUUCAAUUCCGAGCAAAUUCAAAUCUUGAGCCACACACUAACAGUAUUGUUGAGGGAGAUCAGGCCCAAUGCUGUGGCCUUGGUGGAUGCUUACGAUUUCCCUGACACAGUGUUACAGAGCUGUUUGGGGCGCUUUGAUGGUCAAGUUUACAAAGCUUUGUAUGACUACGCCAAAAGCUCGCCAUUAAACGAAAAAGAGGUGCUUGACUCCUACUACAAAUAUAUCAAGCCAGCUCAAAUGCCAAACAAAGAGCUAAUCUCACGACUGUAGUAACCAGUGACUUAUAUAAUUAAUGGUUUUGAUGAUUCUUGAGAUCCAUUAUUUAUUUUCAUUGUGCCAGAAAUGUUCUUGUUGACCAAUACAAAACACUCCCACAGUCUGAUGAUAUGCAUAUCGAAACAUAUUGUGCAUGAUUCUGCUACUUAAUGAAAUAUUUGUUGUUAUAUAUUUAUACGGUAAAUAUAUUGUAUAUCCUGAUUUUGAAAUAAAAAAUACUAUAGAAUAACUCAUUAGAUAA